AUGGCGGGUGGGCCGGGGCAGAACAUGCAGGUGCUCUCGGCGCUGGACGGCGCCAAGACGCAGUGGUACCACUUCACGGCGAUCGUCGUGGCGGACAUGGGCUUCUUCACCGACGCGUACGACCUCUUCUGCAUCUCCCUCGUCACCAAGCUCAUCGGCCGCGUCUACUACACCGUCGACGGCUCGCCCAGGCCGGGCAGCCUGCCACCGCACGUGUCCGCCGCCGUCAACGGCGUGGCGUUUGUGGGCACGCUGUCGGGGCAGCUCUUCUUCGGCUGGCUCGGCGACCGGGUGGGCCGAAAGAGCGUGAACGGGAUGACGCUCCUGACGAUGAUCCUCUGCUCCGUCGCGUCAGGCCUCUCGUUCGGGCACUCGCCGGCCUGCGUCAUGGCCACGCUCUGCUUCUUCCGCUUCUGGCUCGGGUUCGGCAUCGGCGGCGACUACCCACUGUCGGCGACCAUCAUGUCGGAGUAG